AUGAGCUCGUGGCUGUCCGCUGAGCAGUUCCUGCACAGCAGGGCCGCCUCCUACGUGAGGCGUGGCCUCUUUCUUUUCGGGGCAUACGGCAUCGGGAGCGACUAUUACCUGAUGCACUAUUACCAGGCCUUUGAUCCCAGCGAGGGAAGGCUGUACGUGGUCGACUGGAGCCCAAUUGGGCGGCCGCGGUGCCACGUGCACAUUGUACCCAACAAUCACUACCCGAACUACACCCCGUGGACGCCGAGGAACGGCGACGUGGUGCUCGCACGGGAUGUGCCGCAUGAACCGAACUGGUUGCAGCUCAUUAGUGGGCGAUUCAUUGAGCGACAGACAUGUGGGGUGGCGCUGGCAAUUCCCCUUGAGGAGGUGCAGGCGCAACAAGAACAGCGACAGAGAGAGGAGGAGGAGCUGAGGAGGAUCUUGUAA